GUACUGAGCUCUGGGCAGGUGGCUGGUUCACAAAGUGGUCUGAGCUCUUCAGCCCUCUGGAGGCCUGGUUAUUUUUAUUUGUAUAGAAUCAUUUCAACAGACUUUCUGAGAGUCAAGAAGGGCCCAAUCUGUAGGAAGAAGGGGAGGCAGACACCACACUAAACAUCUUCUAAGAGACUUUUGUAGCUGGUACUAAUGAAACGAAGACAAAAGAGAAAACACCUGGAAAACGAAGAGCCCCAGGAAGCUCAUGAGAAGGGAGGAGGAAUUUCAAAGACACAAGAGGAUGGCCCCCAGCCUGGACCCACUGCAAUGGCCAAAGUCUGGAGCCCAGGGGUAGGGGAGGUCUCCUCUGCCUCUGAAUACUUCUCCUGUGUUUCUUCUCCAUGCAAGCUCUGCCAUGGUAGAUGCCAGAGAGUACAAAAAGAAAGUCCCCAGGCCAGGUCACCUGCAGCCCAGGCUCAGGAGCAAGGAGAGAUUCGUGCUCAUUCACAGAAUGUCUCUUCAUCCCAUUCGUCCUACCAGACCUGUGUGUCUUCCAUGCCUUUAAGCAAAGAGGAAAAGGGCAUGAAAAUAUACUACAUGCAGGUACAAAUGAUAAAAGGUGUGGCUGUCUCUUGGGAGAGAGAAGAGACCUCAGAGACCCUAGAAAAGCAGCCCAGGAUGGAAGAAGCAAUGCUUCUGGGGAGUGUGCGGGUGGGCACUCCGCCCUCUGAUGUGUCCACCAGGAACCUCCUGUCUGACAGCGAGGCCGGUGGGGAGGAGAAAGACUAUGAGGAGAGAGCAGACUCAGACAGUACUCCAGGAUCACCUGUAAUAGAGGAAAGACCCAGGGCCAAGACACCCGACUGGCUGGUGACAAUGGAGAAUGGCUUUAGGUGCAUGGCCUGCUGUCGUGUUUUUGCCACCAUGGAGACCCUUCGAGAACAUGUGCAAUAUGGGGUCAGGGAGGGCUUCAGCUGCCACGUCUUCCAUCUCACCAUGACUCACCUGAUAGAAAAUAUGGAAUCAGAGAGCACCCAAGAGGAAGAAGAGGAGGAGGAGGAAGAAUACAGACCAGAAGAGGCGAAUGAGGAGGAGCGGCCCACAAGGGAAGACGUUGGACUGAAGAGAUCAUGGAGCCAAUGCCCGGGAUGUGUGUUUCACUCUCCAAAGGACAGGAAGGAGAAGAGAGAACCAUGAAGAGAGAAGUAGACAGAAACCAAUAGCAUAAAGGAGGAUGCGUGGACCAAUACUCAGUCUAACAUGCAAACACUGUAUGUAAUAAAUCUUCUUUUCCAC